AUGGAUUACCGAAACCAAGAUGACGAAGACGACUCGAAUCGCAGUUUGUCCCGAACUUAUGGGAAGUCACUUGAACAACACUGUCCAGGUCAUACAUUCCACACAUCCGCAACAGACAUGGUCGUGCCGGACAGCAACCAUCAAAUAGACCGGCAACCCGCCGUGUUCGCUCUUUACGAUGAGACAAAUGAUUUGAUGGCCAAUGGUUCAUGGCCGAUGCCAGGUUUCCAGGAUCCCUCCUUAGACAGCUUACCGACCGCGGGCUUAUAUUCUUCCUUCAACCCAUCGAUACCUUCACAACCCGCCUUCGACAAGCAGUGGUACCACUUUGAACCUCAACAACUCCCUGUCGUCGAACGCCCGUUGGAUCCCGAGCAAGGCAGCGGAAGCUACUUUGCUGAUACUACACCUCCGGCUAUGGGCUUUCUACCCCUCGAAGCCCAUACACAGCAUCCCUUGCGAGAUGGAAGUCGGAUGACGGAAUUGGACCAGUAUCUCAGCGAGCUGGAUCCGAACACUUUUUUCAUGUCGGGGUUUGUGAAUUCAGGACAUAGCGAAGCCGGGAGUGCGAACUCUGCACAGAUUGGAAGGCCAUAUAACGCUUACUUGCCGGAUGAUCAGAUCUCGCAGUCAUGGAUGGGACCAUUCAACCCUUCCCUCGUUGUAGACGGUACACAGGUCGAAUCGGCUAAUCUCGGUCCUCAGGGUAUGUUCCCUCCGGCAGUCGCUCUAGACAACGAACUUUCGUCUGACGAGGCGUCCGAGGACGAUGCCUGUGGCGGGUCGCUCUUUGAGUGUACUGGGAGGAACAGUCGAUCGCGCUCCAGCAUGGAAAAGGAAGACAUCGCCCUACUGAACUUGCUGAUACGACUCUGGGGACUGAAAGAUCCAUGGGCCAUCAUGGAACCUGCGUUUAUGUCUGGUGCCCCAAGGCUAACCGAUUAUCAAUAUGACGGGUGGCUUUCUAGGUUCGUUAUCUGGUGUCGCUACGAGAUAGGAGUAAUACAUGGUCACACGCAGUGCCCGUCUCUCCAGAAAGCGCUCAAAGCUCACCACACCGCUAGUGGUAAUGCUUGUCGAAGUCCGUCACCCAAAUCCGGCCCGAGUCUCAAAUCCGCGAGGGUCUGGUUUGUACCAAGACAGGACAAACAUAUGCAGCAGAUGAUGAUUAUGGGCUACAUCCAACUGCGACAUGCGCGGCAUGCACGACAAGUCCGAGAUGGUGGUUCUCAAUCGUACGAUCUGGAAUUCCGGGACGAGUUCGCCCGAAUCCAAUUCAGCGCGCUUUGCUUGGAAGUGAGCGGUGAUUUGCGUGCAAAUCGGGUUCAACCAAGUGAAGCACUUAGACAAGUUAGGAACAGAUCUGGUCGGAGCUUCGCGGACGUCAUGGCGUUAACGGUCGACUCACGUGAUCCGCUAAGGACCGUUAAGACAUCGCACAUGGCACAGGCUCUUCACACCCUUGCCGGCUCAUCCCAGGCCAUCUCUGCAUGUCCUGCGCUCUGCUCCGUGCUGGACGGGCAUGAACAGCCUCAUCUUCGACGACACCGCCCGUGGUCUGAUCGACAACUGCAUUCCCCGACGACCUCGACUUCGUCACAAAAUCAACAAAGUCAGUCGCUUCAUCCUUCUACCCAUCUCGCACCCAUCGCAGCUACUAAGAACCUCGCGACGAAAGGAUCGGGAUGGGAUAUGUACCAAGCGAUCAUUAUUGUUGAUUCUGACGACGAGGUCGACGAACCGGGGCCCUCGAGAAAGAGGUCGAUAACGAGCGCGAACGUAGGGACCGCAGGUGGACCUUGGACGGGAGAGUCGGACGGGGUCGUCGAGAUCGAUCAGGAGGAUUUCGAACGAAGCAAGAGGAGGAGGUUUGGAUACGAAGGGGACGACGACGAAGUAGACAAGGCGGUCGUGGGCACGAAGUUCGAAUUAGCAUCGAACGGAACGGCGUCGCAAAAGAUGGACGAGGACGAGCAGGAUAUCAGGAGCGAUCUCGCGACCGUCAGCACGAGCGACGUUGCGACCAGCACUCUGUCGCAGGCCACUCGUCUGGAACCCGUUCCUUGCCAAAUCAAACCUCCAUCCACAUCGCACAUCAAAUCUCCCUCUACAUCUCAGACUACAACUCAAAUUCAGACUCGACCUCAAUCUCAACCCCGGCUUCGACUUGAACCGCAACUCCAGUUCAAAAACGUACCUCGACUUCGACUCGUUGUGAAAGGACACGCUGGCGGCUCAUCUUUGUCCUCCAGUUCAGUCCUGAAUACCAAGCAGGAUGCGAACGGGACCGGGCCGCAAGGAGAUCAUAGCACGCAGCAUGAUCGAUCGAGCGUAUCGGAUGCGAGUGCCGCACCGCUCGUUGGGAAAGGCAAGAACAGGGAGAGGGAAUCUGCAAAGCCGGUCAACGAGGGUGGGGCCACGGUAUACGAUCCAUCAUGGGAUGCGAAAACUAGGAAAGCUUUUGUCGACAAGCUCCUCGGCGGGUCAGCUGAAUCGCAAAUCGUCUCCAUCAUCGAGCGUUCAGCAGCGCAGAUCCGAGGCGAGGCCGAACGCAAGAGGGUGGCAGUCGAUACCGCAGCGACCCAUGAACAGGCUGUGCCCGUCAACGGCGGUGGAACGGAAGGAAGGUCUGCAGAGACCAUCCCUGUGAAGCCAGUACCAAAGGAGGUCUCACCGGUCCUUGAAACCGCUACUCUUACCAUCCCUUCACUCGAAGGAAGGAACGGAGAUUAUCCUUUACCGACUCAAGGCCCGAUGGUGCCCACGCAGGACAUCGCUGUCCCUCCAAAGGGAUCGGCAGCGAUGAUCGUCGAUUCGCCCACACAGGCCUCUAGCUCCCGUUCGACACCCUUGUCGUCGGUUGCAAUGGAAAUGGAGGUUGACGAGGGCGAUGUGACCGGACGAGACGAGGUCAAUGGGAUGAAGGAUCUACUUAUCAAGAAGAACUCGGAGGAACGAGAUGAGCAGGAGUCGACACGCGUCUUGCGGAGGAGAGAUGGUGAAGCUGCAUCGGCUGAUUCUCCUACAACUCAUGUCUCUGAACCGGUCGAUGGGAACACCGAGAUCAUCCGGGGACCUCGUCCCAAUGCCCAAGGCGUCUACCCCAAAAUCGAACGCCGUGCGCUCCGCUUCCCAGAUCCUACACACCUCCCCCAAUUCAUCGACAUCUCGCGACAUCGCCACAACGCCUUCCAAUGUAUCCCUGCUACUCGCAUGAUCUCCCUGGCGCUCAUGAACAGCUUGGCCAAGCUCCACCGACAGUCCGACUCGAACGUGACCUUUCAAAUGGCACUCGGAUACGCUGCGAACGGGAGGAUGGGUGACGAUACGACGCCGGCGUACAACCCGUGCCCAAAUUCGAUGUUGGCUCCGUCUUCAUCGGUCUUGCUCGACCUCGAAGGCUCCGAGAGCAAGUACUACCCUCAUCCGGCCGGCCGGGAUGGCUGGGUCAGAGUCCCCGUCGAGAUGAAGGUUCAGGACAAGACCAUCAUCAAACCGUGCACGCCGGACGGCAAGCCGCUCAGGUUCAUUUUAUCGUAG